AUGGGCAGCUCUAAUAUUGAAACCAUGCAACAUGCCCUGGAACUGGCACGAAAAUCGCCACCAAAACCAACCAACUUCCGAGUUGGUGCUGUCCUAGUUCGGCUUGCAGAUGGCCAUAUUUCGACAGAUGGAUACACAUUAGAACUCCCAGGCAAUACCCACGCGGAGGAGUGUUGCCUUCUCAAGCUGGCCGAGAAGCUCUCAAUUGCGGAGGAAGACCUUUGGCAAAAGGUUACUGAGCCACAUGCUGUAUAUACCACCGUUGAACCCUGCUCAAAACGUUUGAGUGGUAAGAUGACAUGUACGGAAAGGAUUCUUCGCCAGAAGUCAUGGAUCAAGAAAGUCUAUGUUGGCGUCCAAGAGCCCGACACCUUUGUCAGUCAAAAUGAGGGGAGACGCAUGCUGGAAGAGGCGGGUAUCGAGGUCAUCCACGUCAAGGGCCUGGAGGAAAGCAUACUCCAGGUUGCAACUGCAGGUCACAUCUCGGAGUGA